UAUAAAUGCGUGUGGGAGGGAAGAGGGAGCAGAACGGUCGCGUCUUUUUGAUAUUUCCUUCGUUUUUCCCGUUCUCCGGGGAUUACGGAGAGAGACGGAUUGCGAGUGCUUCGUCUCUUCUCCAUCUUCUGGCUGGCUCUCUCGCUUUCGAAUCGGCUCCAGGACUAGGGCAACGGGAGGGGGAUAUAGCGAGUGCUGGUGAUUCAAUUUUUUUUUCCUCUUUCCCUUUCCCCCCAUCUUUCCUCUCUCUCUCUCUCUCUCUCUUUCGUUGGCCCUCCUCAAACACAACGUUCUCUCUCUCUUUCUCUCGCUGUCUCGUCGAGAUUCGGUCGCGUGGGGGAGAAAAUGGGGAGGAAGAAGCUGGUGCUGAAGCGAAUCGAAAACAACAGCAGCCGGCAGGUCACCUUCUCGAAGCGGCGGAACGGGCUGAUCAAGAAGGCGCGCGAGCUCGCCAUCCUGUGCGACGUCGAGGUCUCCCUCCUCGUCUUCUCCAGCCGCGGCAAGCCGUACGUGUUCUGCAGCGGCAACAACAGCUUGGCUGAGAUCCUCGAGCGUUAUCGGAAUCAUUCUGAAGAAGCAGAGGGCUCCAAAGAAGCUAACAAGGGAUGCCCAUCUGGAGAAUCAAGCCAGCAAUCACCCUCACAACUGCUGCAGUUAGUUCAAAGAUACGUGGAAGGGUCAGAUGAUGACAAUGUCAGUGUGACUGAUCUAGUGCAAUUGGAAGAACAACUCAAUGCUGCUAUCAUGCAGACUCGAAACAGAAAGACUCAGCUGAUGGUGGAGUCUGUCAUGACUCUCCAGGAUCAGGAAAGGUUGCUGAGAGAAGAGAACGAACUACUGGAGAGGGAGAUAGCGUCCGUGGAGGCGAAUGCUGAACCCCCGAAUGAGGGAUAUCACAGGCUCCAAGACAACCAGUCCAUCGACCAAUCUCAACAAGCUACACUCAGUUUACUCCGAUAAUACAGGAGGAGACAGCAAUGCCCGAGUUCAAGAACCACGAGGCCAGGCGCAGUUGCAGCAAAUUUCGUGGUCCGACCAACUGAAAUUCUGCCAACUACCUGGCAGAUACAAAAUGCACAAUACCUGCCGUUUGAUUUUCUAUGUUGUUGUAUCUCAAGAUGCGAGAGAAUUUGCUACUCGUAAGUUCAAUUAUGAUCUGUAGAGAGGUGGUGACCAGUGAUUAUCUUCAAAACCACCAAGUUGCAUGGCCGUGGCCAUGUCGUCAUUUCUAUCCUCUCUUCCGAUCCGGAGAGGCUGUAUUGGUUAAUAGCUGGAUGUACCAGACCUGGAGGUGUACGUCAAAUAAAAGUUAACUUUUGGGUGCUAUUCUGCUAA